UUCCAAAUGUAAAUAUCGCAAGCAUGUCCUACUCCGAUUGGGUUUUUCCCUUAUAAACGUCGCCCUCCAUAGACAUUUGCCUCUUUGUUUCCUCGAUAUAAAAAAAACGUCACAAGCUCCACGUGUCUCCUGUACGGAUUGGGGCAUCGAACCUGUGUCCGCAUCUAGAGGACAAUCACGAGCUCCAGGCCAGCCUCCACUCCGCGACCGCGACGAACGACCACGAUCGAGCGCUCUCGUGAACGCGCUUCGACACUUAAAUCCACUAGAUUACCGAACCCCGUGCCUCAUCAACUAACGGGAGAUUUGCGCUUUUCGCCCUCUGGAUAGAUCUUUUUCACGGACGCGUUUUAUGUUUAAGGACCAACGGGGGGAUCACGGUUGUGUUUCACGGAGUAAAAUACCCGGGAUUGGACCCGCCAACAGUUUGACCAUCUCGUUUCGGUGGCUGACAAAGGAGUACCGAAGUGCUGUCGGGCAAAGGAGGACUUGUUGUGUAACUUUUCUCUGCGUGAUAUGAUGUUGUUGUUGUUGUUGUUGUGUUGACUUUUAGAAUAUAGUAAAUCUCUACAGUGGCCGUGGAUGUAAGGGCUCAAUAAUAAUGUGUGUGAAAGGACCAUCUGGAUUCUCCAGUCCAAUCUGUCAAAGGCUACACAAAGCUAUAUCUUUCACUAUUGAGGUAUAAAUUGUUAUACACACACAGACACAGACGCACAGUUUAUGGAUAUUCCAAGAAAUCCAUCCUACUCUUAGACACACUUCGUCACAAUGCAAUCACACCAUUGAAUGAAAAUCAACAGCUCUGAUCUUACUGUGAGCCUAAAACGUAAGGAUCCAUCAUGUCGUUUUUCAACUUCCGAAAGAUAUUUAAAAUAGGCUCUGAGAAAAAGAAGAAGCAGUAUGAACACGUCCAUAGGGACGAGAACCCCGAAGAGAUCUGGGACAUUAUCGGUGAACUGGGAGAUGGAGCUUUUGGGAAGGUGUACAAGGCCCAAAACAAACAGACGGGGGUCUUGGCUGCGGCCAAAGUCAUAGACACCAAGACAGAGGAAGAGCUGGAGGACUACAUGGUGGAGAUCGAGAUCCUGGCGUCAUGUGACCACCACAACAUCGUCAAGCUGCUCGACGCUUUCUACUAUGACAGCAAACUUUGGAUCCUCAUUGAGUUUUGUGGGGGAGGAGCCGUGGAUGCCGUCAUGCUAGAGCUGGAGAGGCCCCUGACGGAGCCCCAGAUCAGGGUGGUGUGCAGACAGACCCUCCAGGCCCUCCUCUACCUCCACAACAACAAGAUCAUCCACCGAGACCUGAAGGCCGGCAACAUCCUUCUCAGUAUUAACGGAGAUGUCAAGCUGGCUGACUUUGGGGUCUCUGCCAAAAACACCAAAACACUGCAGAGGAGAGACUCGUUCAUCGGGACACCAUACUGGAUGGCUCCGGAGGUGGUCAUGUGCGAGACGUCCAAGGACCGGCCGUACGACUACAAGGCAGACAUCUGGUCCCUGGGGGUCACCCUGAUCGAGCUGGCCCAGGUGGAGCCUCCCAAUCACGAGAUGAACCCCAUGAGGGUGCUGCUAAAGAUAGCCAAGGCCGAGCCACCCACCCUGAUGCAGCCCUCCCGUUGGUCCCCAGCGUUCAGUGACUUCCUGCGGCGUUGCCUGGACAAGAAUGUGGACAACAGAUGGAGUACUGCACAACUCCUGCAGCACCCCUUUGUGUCCAGCGUGGUGGACAGCAAGCCCCUCAGAGAGCUGAUCGCCGAGGCCAAGGCAGAGGUCACCGAGGAGAUCGAGGAAAGCAAGGAGGAAGAGGAGGAUGAGACGGACACACGGCCGGGCCACAAACGCGCCCCGUCGGACGUCAGCAUGGCCAGCUCCGAAGACGAGAAGAUCCCCCUGUCUCCGUCCAUCAUGGAGUGCCUCCCCGAGAGGUCGGAGCCCGCCCUGCCCGCCCUGGACAACCACGUCCUGGACUCCCCCGGGUCCCCUGUCGGCGUGGAGCAGGCCGGGCAGACCCCGAGCGCUUCGGUCGAGGACAUGAAGAGCCUCGAGCCGGAGCCGGUCGACGCGAAGGUUCCGGUUCCGGAAGAAGCGCUGGUCGAGGUGGUCGCCCCCGCGUCAGAACCCGAGACGGACGUACCCCCGCCGGAUCUACCGACCAAGGAGAUAGAGCGACUGGAGAUCGCCAUCGUGGACGAGAAGGAGGAGGACACCGCAGAGAGUCCGGCCGACCCGGAGGCCUCCAGCGAGGGCAUGGACAUCACGGAGACCCCCGUGGACGAGGGAGGGGCGAUCCCAGCCGAGCCCGAAACCACGGCCGAGGAAGAGGAGGUAGAGGAGGAAGAGGAUCCGUACAAACACCUGAAGGUCAGUGUGAAGCUACCUGGCGGGGACAAACCCGCCCUGACGGCAGACGAAGGGGACGGAGAGACGCCGAAAGAGGAGGAGAAGAAGAUGGACGAACAGGAGGAUAAGCCGGUGCCGGAGAAGAACGAGAGGGAUUCGGACUCUGGGAGUGUUUCCGCCGCUGACACCAGCAGCUUGGACCUCAACCUCUCCAUCUCCAGCUUCCUCUCUAAGAGCAAAGAGCCUGGGAGCGUCUCCACGCAGGAAUCCAAGAGGCAGAGGAAGACGCUGAAGAAGACCAGGAAGUUCAUGGUGGACGGCGUGGAGGUCAGCGUGACCACGUCUAAGAUCGUCACGGACAACGACGCAAAGGACGAGGAGCUGAGGUUCCUCAGGCGGCAGGAGCUGAGGGAGCUGCGUUUCCUCCAGAAGGAGGAGCAAAGGGCCCAGCAGCAGCUCAGCAACAAGCUGCAGGUCCAGAAGGAGCAGAUCUACCGACGCUUCGAGCAGGAGACCACCAGUAAGAAGCGGCAGUACGACCAGGAGGUGGAGAACCUGGAGCGGCAGCAGAAGCAGACCAUCGAGCGGCUGGAGCAGGAGCACACCACGCGGCUGAGGGACGAGGCGCGCCGCAUCAAGGGCGACCAGGACAAGGAGCUGGCCAAGCAGCAGAACGCCCUGAAGAACCGCAAGAAGGAGGAGCAGGAGUUCAUGCAGAAGCAGCAGCAGGACUUGGACAGCGCCCUGAAGAAGAUCAUCCAGCAGCACAAACACGAGCUGGCCACCAUCGAGAGGGACUGCCUGAACCACAAGCAGCAGCUGCUCCGAGCGCGUGAGGCAGCCAUGUGGGAGCUUGAAGAGCGCCACCUACAGGAGAAGCACCAGCUGUUCAAACAGCAGCUCAAAGACCAGUACUUCAUGCAGAGGCACCAGCUUCUCAAGAGACACGAAAAGGAGAUGGAGCAGAUGCACCGCUUCAACCAGCGGCUGGUGGAGGAGCUGAAGAGCCGGCAGACGGCGGAGCGCACGCGGCUGCCCAAGAUCCAGCGCAGCGAGGCCAAGACGCGCAUGGCCAUGUUCAAGAAGAGCCUGCGCAUCGCCGCCAACGCCUGCAUCACCGUGGAGCAGGAGAGGGAGAAGAUCAAGCUGUUUGCGGUGCAGGAGGAGAAGAGGCAGAAGAACGAACGGCUGCAGCAGCAGCAGAAACACGAGAACCAGAUGAGAGACCUGCAGCUGCAAGGAGACGCCAACAUCAGGGAGAUGCAGCAACUCCAGAACGAGAAGUGCCACCUGCUGAUCGAGCACGAGACCCAGAAGCUGAAGGAGCUGGACGAGGAGCACGGCCUGGAGCUCAAGGAGUGGCGGGAGAAGCUGCGGCCCAGGAAGAAGGCUCUGGAGGACGAGUUCACCCGGAAGAUGCAGGAGCAGGAGGUGUUCUUCAAGAUGAGCGGGGAGUCCGAGUGCCUGAACCCGUCCAGCCAGAGCCGCAUCUCCAAGUUCUACCCCGUGCCCAGCGUCCACUCCACGGGCUUCUAGGACCACAACGCAUGCAGAGACAGACAGACGGACACACGUACAAAGAGACAGACGGACACACACAUGGAGACACACACACACGAAUGCAGAGACACACAUGCAGGGCACACACACAUACAUGCAGAUGGAGAGACACAAAUACACAAAUGCAGAGACACACACACACACACACAUGCAGAGAAACACAUACACAGACAUAUGCAGAGACAUACACACACAUCCAUAGACCAGCAUACCUACACAAUGCAGAGAUCCACAUCUGCAGAUACACACACACACAUGCAAAGAAACACACACACACCCACACAAAUGCAGAGAAACACACAUGCAAAUGCAGAGAGCCUCUCGCACACACUCCAUCUCUGUGUUCACACCUCCCACAUGCAGAACACGCUCGAAAAGACAAAAGACGUGAGUUCAAGCUGCCUUGCCCCCUUCCCAUCCCUAGCAUCUCCCACGAGGGGGCGGACUUGACCGCACAGCCCAGUUUGUCUCCCCAUCCUGGGUCUCGCCGGGAUUCGCUGGGCUCUUCUUUGUCCACAAGCUGAUGCCGUUUGAGACAUUAAUGUCAAACCCAUACCAUUGUCAUUAGUCUUUUUUUUACUGUAACUGUGAUUUUAAAUGUCAGAAUGAAAAUAUGUUAUGAAGAUUUCGCUUAUUCAGUGUUUUAGGCAAUAGUAACCAUUUCCUCAUAACCACUUAAGGGAAGAAAGUGCUUCUGUGGAAUCAAGUGACGAUUCGAGUGCCUGUAGAAUUUCACGUUUCUGGCUUUGAAAUCCAACCAUUUGUAUUUGUGUGGAGCUCAUUUAGAACUGUGCACUUGGAAAAAGGACUGUGUCGUAGAAGACUGAACAGCAACGAACCAUCCCCAAUCUCAACUGUUACAUUGUGUCUGGAUCUAGAAUGUAUUCCAAUUGAAGGAGAGCUUGGGCUCAUCGUUAAUAUAUGAAGGCUUAGAUUGAUCUGUUUUGUGUCCUUCCAUUAUACAAAUGUGAUUAGGUUUGAGUAGAAUAGUUUACAGUGGAUGAAGGAGAGUUGUGCAGCGAUGUCUUCCAGUGCAAUGUCUUCCAGUGGGAAGGAUUCCCCUUUUCAGGGGUUUCAUUUCAGUAUGCCUUGCUGCCUGGAGCACAACAGAUUCGCUUUGGCACAUGGUGGCGGCCAUUUUGGGGCUGUUUCAAAAUAAACGUGGGCAGUUUAGAGGCUGUUUGCAUUCAGAGACAAAAACAUAUCACUGUUAAAAACAAUGGAUAUCACUGUGCUUUCAAACGCCCUUUGUAGCACCGUGUGAUGAACUUCUCAGACACCCCACAACAAAUUUUGAAUGUUGGACAAAAACGUGUAUGAAGCUCAGAUAUUCCGACACAGGAACAUCGGUGUUAAAACAUUUCAGUUCAAGGAAAUAAAAGGAAACUCACACUUUCAGUGACAGAAAACCAAAGCUUAUUUCUGCUUUGGCAUUUAUUUAUACGUGCUGUUGAUAUUCAUGAUCGUCUGCCUCGGUCUUGAUUCACUCUUUGAAAAAAAAAAAAUGGGUCAUUGUAAUUACUAUAGUGUAGCUAAUAGUCUUACUACUUCAGAAAGACUAUACUGUAGUUAGUAUAGUAUAGUUCUUAGUAAUUGUGAAUAGGCUAGUUUCAGUGCCAGCUCAGUAAGAGAAUAUGCUACUCACCGUUACUUGACUAACGGUUUCAUCUAAUACUUUUAUGUACUCUUAAGUGCAGUGACAUAUUUGAUGUGGUAGUCAAGGAAGCUUUUGAAAUGCUCUGGACCUGUUUGGGUAAUCCUAACUUCCCAUUGGUUAAUUUCAGAAUAACACAUCUUGGUGAUUGGCUGUUUGAUGUAUCAAUCAAGGAAGGCCGCUAUAAUAGGCUGCUAUCCACAGACAUAUCCUAAAGCAUGAGUGUUGUGAACCUUGUCACUUACCAGACAGUAGCUAUUUAUAAACAAGCUCUCGGCUUAAGCUUGUGCUGAUCUUACAGUUUUUGUUGCACAAUUCAUUGUCAAAAUGAUCAGUAAAAUUAACUGUAAUAUUGCUUGGUUUCACUGAGAUAUAUUUCCAUUAUGUAUGUAUGUAUGUAUGUACGUUGAUUAAUUAAACAUCCAUGUGUAAAUGAUGAUGUAUUUUAUAAAAUGAGUUUAUAGCUAUUAGUAAUGCCUGUGUAAUGUAGCUUCAACAUCUGUACUGUAAAUAAACAAUGUUCUUUAUGCUGGUAA